AUGGGCCGCUGUCAGGCAGGGACCGCAGCUGUCACCCCCAUUGCGUCUUCCGCCGCCGCACCACCUCUGCAGCCAUCGACACUGCCCGCCGCCAUGUACAAAGUCAGGGCCGUCUUCGACUAUGUGUCUAACCACGAAGACGACUUGGGCUUCAAGGUCGGCCAGAUCAUCUCCGUCACCGAGGAGGAGGGCGACGACUGGUACGUGGGCGAAUACACCGACGACAGCGGCACCAAGCACGAUGGCCUCUUUCCCAGGAACUUCGUCGAGCGCUACGAGCCAGAGCCGCCACCACGACCCAACCGAGCUUCGCGCCACAAGCCAUUAGAGCAGCCGCCUGUGCAGGAAGCCCCUCCCACGCCCCAAAUACCGCAGCAGGAGCCAGAGCCAGUGCUGCCUCAAGAACCAGAGCCGCCAAACCCCCAGGCCCCUCCCAUUGAGGUGCCCAGCGCUGCCAAAACAACGCCGCUGCCCAUGUCACCCAUGUCGCCUCGCUCUGCGUCGAGCGCAAAGGCUCCGGAAGCCCUGCCGCCGCAGUCGGAGUCGUCCAAGCCCGCUCCUCCAGCGAAGAAGGCUCCUCCGCCUGUCGCACCCAAGAACAAUGCCUUCCGGGACCGCAUUGCUGCUUUCAACAAGCCCACUGAUCCUCCGCCCAAACCCUUCAAGCCCUCUGGCGGCGCCCCUAGUUUCAUCAAGAAGCCCUUCGUGGCUCCCCCGCCGAGCCGCAAUGCCUACAUUCCUCCCACUCGAGAGGCUCCACCCGUCAAGACCUACCGUCGCGAAGAGGAUCCUGAGAUUGCAGAGCGUCAGGCGCAGACCCAGAACGAUGCGGAGCGCGCGGGAUUGGUCGCGCAUGACAAGGCAAAUGCAAACGAGGGCGAAGAAGAGCCACAGCCCAAGAUUAGCCUGAAGGAACGCAUCGCUCUGCUGCAGAAACAGCAGCAGGAGCAGGCAGAAAGGGCCGCGGCUAUGCACAAGGAAAAGCCAAAGAGACCGCCUGUGGCCAAGAGGACUGAGUCUCAAGACGCUCCCGCUGAAGACAGCGAGGACACUGGCCUCGAGCGCGUGACAAGUGGAGCUUCUAAAGGUCGUGCAUCCAUGGACCAGAAUCGCCCUCCGCGAACAUCGCACGACAUCCGCUCUCCAGACGCGCUCAACCGUGACCGCGAACUCCUCAGCGAGAACGACGCUGAUCAGUCAGCAGCUGGAGAUACUGAAGAUGCUGGAGGAGAAUCUACAAGUGUCGAAGAAGACCAGGAACGACCAAAGAGCAGGCACCCGCCGCCGCCACCUCCAAGAGCACCCACUGCCCCAACAGAAGAGCCCAACGUUGGCGAUGAGCAAGACGUGCCUGAAGAAGAGGAGGAAGAAGAGGAAGACGAGGAGACUGCUGAGUUGAGACGGAAGGAGGAGCUACGCGAGCGCAUGAGGAGAUUGGGCGGUGGCAUUCCCGGCAUGCCCGGUAUGCCUGGUAUGUUCGGAGGUGGUAUGCCCAUGGGCGGUGGUCUUCCACCGAAGAAGAAGAAAUCGACCACCGAGAAAAGGCCCGAAGAGACCGAGGAGUACAGCAUGCCUCAGCAACGAGUUCCUAUGUUUGGUAUGCCUGGUAUGAUGCCCGUCCGAAGCCCAGAACCUGAAGAUCGCACGCUUUCUGUCGAGAAGGAGGAUGAAACUCCGCACCCCGUCACAGGCACUCACUCAGCGAACGAAGUGCCAGACGUAGAGGAGGUUGCAUCUCAGCCGGCCCGGCCAACUACUGGCGAUGGUCCUCCACCUGUUCCAACAGACCGUAAGUUUAUCAUUCCUCGCAAACCAAUCCGCGCUUUCGUACGCCAUGCCCAAGGCCGCCUGCAGUCGCCAUCUUCCGAGACCUUGUCCAAGACAUAUGUCACUUAUGACGGUCUGUCGGAAUAUGUGAUGACUGUAUGCGUGUCUAGUAUGUGUGUGCACUUGGCUCUAUCAAUAAUUCCUACGUCUAUUCGCAUGGUUCUAAUAUCCUCUAGGACGUCCUGCUCCCCCUCCUGUACCAUCGGCCUGUAA